GUAUUCAUGAAUAAGCACUUAUUGCCGAAAAUAUGUGUUUUAGCACCAUGUCAACACACUCUCAGUCAACACGUUGCUUUCAUGUAUGUGUGGUUGCCAAAACACCACCAGCGUCGGAAAAUUCUGGAAAAUGGAACGUCACGAGAAAGGUGUGUCUCAUGACGUCUUCUUGUAGGUGAUAUAAGCACCUGUUAUGAAGUCCCGCAGUAAAGGAGCAGAAACACGUCAAGGUACACCUACCGAGGAGAACAAACAACAGGAGAACCUGGUUAAACACUUGGAAGGCAGAUACACUGGUAUGAGCUGGACAUUGAGAGUCACGGUUGUAUUCUUCAUCAUAUCUUUGAUGCUCAACUCUCUCUGCUUUGCGGACUUUGAGGUCACAGUUCCCAGCACCCCCCAGUUCGUUAUCCAUGGGCAGUAUGCAGUGCUAAACUGCAGCUUCCCUGUGGAUGCAACCUUUGACCCAGCCAGCAGCGUCAUCACCUGGCAGCGAGGGCUGGAGGUCAUUCACAGCUUCUACCGUAGCCGGGACCAGCUGGACAGGCAAAGCCAUCACUACGCCAACCGAACCAGCCUGUACCACUCUGAACUGUGGAGGGGGAACGCCUCCCUCAGACUGGACCGUGUCACCCCCGAAGAUGCAGGGCCAUACACCUGCUCUGUCAGCACCCUAAGCGGCAGCCAGAAGAAAACCUUCCCUGUGAAGUUUGCAGCCUUCUAUACGGAGCCCCACCUUUUGGUGACAGCAUCUAGCCACAAGAUGAAACUGCAACUGACAUCACGAGGGUACCCCGCUCCCACAGUGCAGUGGCUGAAUGAGAGUGGAGAGGAUGUCACCAAUGAAACUGUCACUCAUUCUCAGAAGGACAUACAUGGACUUUACAUGGUCUCCAGCACAUUGACCCAGGACAGAGGGGCCAAAUCAACCCUCACAUUCGUCUUGAGGAACAAGGACCUGAAACAGGAGAUGAGGAGGGAGUUUAGCCUACAGUCAGAGGAUGUCGCAGCACUACACAACGCCAAAAUCAACUGGAAAUUGAUAAAGGAGCCAACACUAAUUACGUCACGUUAUAGGCGUGCCGGAACUAGGCUUGAACAAGUCUCUGCGGUAACGCCCAGGACUAAAGGAGCCGAGGUACACCUGCAUAGAAGUACAGAAGAGAACAUGCAGAAAACGGAGAAACUGGUUGAUCGCACUGAAAACAGAAACAUUGAUAUGAGCUGGACAUUGAAGGAUACCAGUGUAUCCUUCAUUAUAUGUUUGGUACUCAACUCUCUCUGCUUUGCGGAGUUCGAGGUCACAGUACCCAGCACCCCCCAGUUCGUUAUCCAUGGGCAGUAUGCAGUGCUAAACUGCAGCUUCCCUGUGGGUGCAACCUUUGACCCAGCCAGCAGCGUCAUCACCUGGCAGCGAGGGCUGGAGGUCAUUCACAGCUUCUACCAUAGCCGGGACCAGCUGGACAGGCAAAGCCAUCACUAUGCCAACCGAACCAGUCUGUACCACUCUGAACUGUGGAGGGGGAACGCCUCCCUCAGACUGGACCGUGUCACCCCCGAAGAUGCAGGGCCAUACACCUGCUCUGUCAGCACCCUAAGCGGCAGCCAGAGGAAAACCUUCCCUGUGAAGUUUGCAGCAUUCUACGGAGAGCCCCACCUUCUGGUGACAGCAUCCAACCACGUGGUAGAGCUGCAAUUGACAUCACAGGGGGGGUACCCUGCUCCCACAGUGCAGUGGCUGGAUGAGAGGGGAGUAGAGGUUAUCAACAAGACUGUCACUCACUCUCAGAAGGACAAACACGGACUUUACAUAGUCUCCAGCACGCUGACCCAGCACAGAAGGGCCAACUCCACCCUCACAUUCGUCUUGAGGAACGAGGACCUGAAACAGGAGAUGAGGAGAGAGUUCAGCCUACAGUCAGGUAAUUUUAGUCGCUAUGUAAGCGUGUGUAACAAACCAGUACCUUUGCCACCCAAAGAGCACACCGAGAGAUAUGAUUGGCCUGCUGAGCUAAAGACCAAGACCCAAAAAAAGAGAACUAACUGCACUUCAGUUAUGGCCCCAGGGGGUGAUGCCACCUUCUGCAGUGAAGGUUCACAUGUUCACGGAAAUGUGCUAUGAAUGGAUAUUGUGAGC